CCCUUCCUCUUCCCAAGGGACGUCAUAAUAAAUCUCGCCCCCCCCCCACCACCAACCAAGCAUCACCCACUCGGGCACUUCCGGCCUGACCCCUGUCCCGCUCCUUUCCUAGCUCCAGUUUCUGCUCUGCCCCAGGAGUGGUCGCCUUCGUGGGGAGGUACGACACUCUCCCAGCUCGGGUCGCCAUACAUUGGUGUGAGGCCCUGCGGCCUAGCGUCCCUCACCAGAGGCCUCCCCUUGCCCAGCUGGACCACCGAGGGACAUCGACGAGUGCCUUCCUCCUGCAGUCCCCGGCUUCGCCUGCCGCCCAGAACCGACCGGUCAAGAUGGCCGCCGCCGGGUGAGGCGAGCAGGCGAGCCGCGGGGUCGUCUGGGAGUUGUAGUCCCGGACGGCGCGCUGACGCACUUCGCCGCAGGCCGACUGGCGCCAUUGUGCGGCGCGCGCCGGGACUCUGCGCACUUCCACCACAGACACAUUGAGAAGGAGGAAACUAUGGCCGCAAGGCUUCCGACGGUCUGGUCCUCUGAACCAGUGACCUUUGAAGAUGUAACACUGGGUUUUAACCCGGAAGAGUGGGGACUGCUGGACCUCAAACAGAAGUCCCUGUACAGGGAAGUGAUGCUGGAGAACUACAGGAACCUGGUCUCAGUGGAACAUCAGCUUUCCAAACCAGAUGUGGUAUCUCAGUUAGAGGAGGCAGAAGAUUUCUGGCCAGUGGAGAGAGGAAUUCCUCAAGACACCAUUCCAGAGUAUCCUGAGCUUCAGCUGGACCCUAAAUUGGAUCCUCUUUCUGCCGAGAGUCCCCUGAUGAACAUUGAGGUUGUUGAGGUCCUCACACUGAACCAGGAGGUGGCUGGUCCCCGGAAUGCCCAGAUUCAGGCCCUAUAUGCUGAAGAUGGAAACCUGAACCCAGAUUCCCCCAGUAAGCAGGUCCAACAACUCGUCAAGCAUCCAGGUGACCCUGAGGCCGCUCGUCAGAGGUUCCGGCAGUUCUGUUAUAAGGACAUGACAGGUCCCCAAGAGGCCCUAGACCAGCUCCGAGAGCUGUGUCACCAGUGGCUACAGCCUGAGGCACGCUCCAAGGAGCAGAUCUUGGAGCUGCUGGUGCUGGAGCAGUUCCUAGGUGCACUGCCUGUGAAGCUCCGGACAUGGGUGGAAUCACAACACCCAGAGAACUGCCAGGAGGUGGUGGCCCUGGUAGAGGGUGUGACCUGGAUGUCUGAGGAGGAAGUACUUCCUGCAGAACAACCUGUCGAGGGCACCGCCUGCUGCCUCAAGGUCACUGCCCAGCAGGAGGAGAAGCAGGAGGAUGCAGCCAUCUGCCCAGCGACAGUGCUUCCUGAGGAGCCAGUGACCUUCCAGGAUGUGGCCGUGGACUUCAGCCGGGAGGAGUGGGGGCUGUUGGGCCCGACACAGAGGACUGAGUACCGCGAUGUGAUGCUGGAGACCUUUGGGCACCUGGUCUCUGUGGGUUGGGAGACUACACUGGAAAAUAAGCAGUUAGCUCUAAAUUCUGGCAUUCCUGGGGAAGAACCAGCUGCCAGCCUGAAAGUGCAAGAAUCCUCGAGGGAUUAUGCCUUGUCCUCUACAUCAGAAGAUACCUUGCAGGGUGGGGUCCAGAAAGUCCAAGACACAGGGUUGAAACAGGUGGAGUCUGCUCAGGAAAAAGAGCUCCCUCAGAAGAAACACUUUGACAACCCUGAGUCCCAGGCAAACAGUGGUGCUCUUGACACAAACCAGGUUUCACUCCAGAAAAUUGACAAACUUGAGUCCCAGGCAAACAGUGGUACUCUUGACACCAACCAAGUUUUGCUGCAGAAAAUUCCUCCUAGAAAACGAUUGCGCAAACGUGACUCACAGGUUAACAGCAUGAAACAUAAUUCACGAGUAAAAAUUCAUCAGAAGAGCUGUGAAAGGCAAAAUGCCAGGGAAGGCAAUGGUUGUAGGAAAACCUUCAAUCGGAGUACUAAACAGAUUACGUUUAUAAGAAUUCACAAGGGGAGCCAAGUUUGCCGAUGCAGUGAAUGUGGCAAAAUAUUCCGGAACCCAAGAUACUUUUCUGUGCAUAAGAAAAUCCAUACAGGAGAGAGGCCCUAUGUGUGUCAAGAUUGUGGGAAAGGAUUUGUUCAGAGCUCUUCCCUCACACAGCAUCAGAGAGUUCAUUCUGGAGAGAGACCAUUUGAAUGUCAAGAGUGUGGGAGGACCUUCAAUGACCGCUCAGCCAUCUCCCAGCACCUGAGGACUCACACUGGAGCUAAGCCCUACAAGUGUCAGGACUGUGGAAAAGCCUUCCGCCAGAGCUCCCACCUCAUCAGACAUCAGAGGACUCACACUGGGGAGCGCCCAUAUGCGUGCAACAAAUGUGGAAAGGCCUUCACCCAGAGCUCACACCUUAUCGGGCACCAGAGAACCCACAAUAGGACAAAGCGAAAGAAGAAACUCCCUACCUCAUAACCCUCAAACCAGUUGAAGAAACACUGUUUUUUCAGCUCGGCCUUGCAAUGUAACAUCCACAGGCCUGCUUGUGAGUUGGGACUGAAUGUGAAAGGGAAGCAUUGAGUGAGGACAUUCCCAAGACCAGAGGACAACUGGAGAGACUGCCCAGCACAUCAUGAAUAAAUAAGAAAAUGAGUGGGGAGUUACUAACACCAGUUGGAAAAAAUAAUUUUCCAUUCAGUUGAUAUUGUCUGUUCACUCAUUUAGUCAUUAAAAGUGAGAGUAAUAAAAUCUGAAAAUGUGGCAUAAGUUUAAAAAGCCAGGUAAUUAAUAAUCUGCACUGAUAUUACAUUUACAGUACCACAGUAAAGUAUUUAUGUGUAUAAAUAAGGAUCAAAAGAGAAUGUGGAUAAACUAUUGAUCUAUUUCUGUGUAGAACCUGUGUAUUUCCUGCUUAUUUAAAUACUUCUACAGUAAUGAUUGAUAUUUAAGCAACAUUAAAACAAAAGGAAGGAGA